AUGUUUAUAGAUUGAUACGAUAAAUAUGUCGCCAUGGCGGCGACAGUGUUUCUCGCUCGCGCUGUAGUUCAUAUUUUGUCGAUACCUGUCGCCAAAGUCACACACGCUCCGAGCGAAAGGUAACGAACCAGCCUUAAUAAGAUUGACAGAACGCGCGGGUUUGUGCAAACGAAUUUAUAAACGAAAUAGAUGGCAGCAACCGGUAAACGUAUGUGGCGCUACUGUAUUAACUCUUACGACCCAAUCGAAUGGAGAGGUACACGAUAAACAAAAUCUUUCCGAAUUUACGUUAGAACGCAUUGAUCUUUUCUUAUUGUUCGAGUAUCAAGAUCGUCAAUUGAUUAAGUUCUUUUAUCAAAGCUGUAACUAUGUCAAUGAGACCCGACGAUCACAGACGAAAAUGGAACAGAGAAGAGUACGAACGAAUAGCUCUUCAGCGUCUCCAGGAUGAAAUCGCUGAAGAGGAAUUAGGUAUCCCUAAGCAACCAGCAGUAAAAAGAGAAUUACUUAAACAAAGAGACUAUAAGGUCGAUUUAGAAUCGAAAUUAGGAAAAAGCGUUGUUAUUAACAAAAAUACUCCGUCUUCGCAAACAGGAGGUUAUUAUUGUAACGUAUGCGAUUGCGUCGUUAAGGAUUCUAUCAAUUUCCUAGAUCAUAUUAAUGGAACAAAACAUCAGCGUAAUUUGGGUAUGUCCAUGAAGAUAGAGCGUUCAACGUUGGAACAAGUUAAGGCUAGAUUUGCUUUAAAUAAAAAGAAAUUAGAGGAAAAGAAAAAAGAUUAUGAUUUAGAGCAAAGAGUGAAAGAAUUAAAAGAAGAGGUUUGUAUUUGUCUGUCUGCUUUGUGCGUGCGUGCGAGCGAGCGAAAAAUGCUAAUAUCCGAAGAAAAAAUAAAGGAAUAUAGAAAAGAAAAGAGAAAAGAUAAAAAGAGGAAAUUAGACGAAGUAGACGAGGAAGACGCUGGACCAUCGGACGAAAUGGCUGCUAUUAUGGGCUUUUCUGGAUUUGGCUCCAAAAAAAAGUGAUCAUGAUUUUGACAUAGACAUUCGUGAAAAAAUGUCUUAGUAUACUUUAUCUUUCAUAUAUCACGAAGCGCUGCAACCUCUAUCUAUGGCGCACUAUCAGAAAAAUCAUUUAUCAACAUUUGACAAAGUAACCAUGAUGAAAUUUGGUAAUUACAUCAAGCUUUUAAUCCAAUCGUUAGUAAAUUUUGUAUGCAAAGUGAGACAAGGAUAUUGAUAAGAUUAAAAAAAGGAAAAGGCGAAAAUUAUAGUAAUAAUUGUGAUUUCUCAUAAGUAUAAGAAAUGGAUUCUACGUAUACUUAGAAUUUUAGAUAAAAGAUUCAUGGAUAAAUGAAGUAUUUAUUUUCUAUGAUAAUCGGCAAUAUAUAAUAUAUAGACAAUUUUCAUCAUAUAAGAUAAGGUAAGAUGGACAAAAAUUAUCGAAUAUACGACUUCGUUCGGAGGAAAAAAAUUUUAUGCUCAUCAGGCGAAAGAAAUGGAAAAGUUUGGGAGAAACAUUGAGGCGAAAUGAUUACGUUGAAAUAAUUUUAUGUUUGAGAUUGUACCAUGUUCGCUAACCGUAACUAUCCGUUUGGCGAUCGGUAAUGUCGGAAACGCAGGAAACGGAGAUGUUUGAAAUCAAAAACGGCAUAGAAUGAAAGCGCGUUACAAUAAAAAUGAAAAGAAUA